AUGAGGCUGAAUGGAGAUGAUGCGAGGGCUAUAACAGCUGAUGAUCUUUGUCGGGAUGAAGUCUCCGAUGCCAUUCACAACAUCGUUCUUCGCGCGCAAGACUCCUAUGAUGGAUCCAUUGACGCCCUCUUCGUCGCAUACGAUGAAUAUGUCAAGGAGCACCUUUCUUCGCCCACCGAUGCCGCUCUCUACUACAGUUUCCUGUUGCGCAUGCAGGAAUAUGCGCGGGAAGGCGAAGACUUGAUGUCGCUGGUUCUGCGCGUGGUGAAGGAGCAUUUCGGUCUCAAUGGCGAACUCGGUGACGAAGAGGUCGUCGAAGUCCCGAAUAACAUUGACGCGACGCGUAGAGGGGCGCAGGCGAGCUUAGGGCGGUACACGAGAACCGGGAGCUUCGACUCAUUUCUUGACGGCACGGCAGACAAGGUCGCAGGCACCGACUAUGGCGAUUUGGCUGUGCGCCCGAGGAGAGCAUCACAGCAGAAUGCUCCUGACGGCUAUGCCAACACGCGCAACCACCGGCGCGCAACGUCAGACACCGAAGCGCAUUCGUACCGGCCUGCGCCACUUCCCAGUCGCCCCAAAGUGAAUGGCAUCGCGCCUCGGAGAUUGAGUUCUGGACCGCAGCCGCCAGUCCACAAGCGCAGUACAUCUGUCUCGAGUUAUGGCAGUCUGCGAAUUCGAAGAAAUCCUACAACGACAUACAGAACUGGAACUCACGAUGCAGAUGAGAGCGAUUUCACCGACCACACGGCUAGCCUCGACCUCUCCUCCAUCCAGAUACCAGGAGUGAACGCGCCGAUACCGAACGAUCCGUACGAUUCCCCGCACCAGCGCCGCCUUCAACAGUCACGACAAACCCAACACCAACAAUAUGUCCCCGAACCGUUUCGACCCUCCGAUACCCGAUUGAUGGACGAUGCGGAAACCUUCGAAGAGCAACGGCUACACCGAGUGACGAGAGAAUGCAUACGGAUCUGGCGGAACCGCGCGCAAGAGCGCAUGAAUCUGCGCGACGAUAUGGAGAGAGCAGCUGUCGCCUUUGAUCGUCGCGUCUUGCUCAGGGCCUCCCUCUUGCAGCUGCGCGACACCGCGCUUGUAAGACGUUCUGGUCGAGAGACGAACCGCUUCUUCGAUCGGCUAGAAACCCGUGCAGAUAAGGCUCGCAGUCUAUUCCUGCUCACAAAAGCAUUCACACAUUGGGCAAAGUGUGCCGAGGACGAGGUUCAGCGAACAUCUGUUGCGCGACGGCACAUCCUACGCACACGCUUCUUCAACGGUUGGCGCGAUAUUACGGCAGUCAACGAGCUGAAGAUCCAGCACUUUGCUCUUGCAAAGUUCCUCUCUAUAUGGCGAGCACGCGCAACAAAGGUGCGGGAUCGCGUCGACUUCGCUGAAGCAUACUAUGAAGAGAAGAUUGUUCGGAAGUCGUGGAACGCUCUCAACAACGAGUACCUCAACAGAGGCGCAGCAAACUGGCAUGACACGCGAACAGCACGAACGACAUUGCAGAAAUGGCGCGAGAUCACCGAGAUCAUGAGGGAGCGGAACAUGUGGGCCACGGAUCGGCGCGAUGGAACACUCAUGCGCAAGACGUUCCGGACGUGGCAGCAGAAGACAGUGGCAGUGAAGACUCUGCAAUCCCAGGCGGACCAAUUCCGACAGACCUCCCUCCUUCGAAUGACGGUCCAGACACUCCAGAGGCAGGCACAGCUCGAGCCACUACUGCGCCAGGUUCAAGCACGCACCAACGGUCGUUUGCUUCGUGCAAAGUUCCAGGAUUGGCGCAAAGACGCUCAGCUAUCCCGUCAAGCACGCAAUGUUGACCGCAUGCGCGUCCUACGCAAUGCUUAUACUGCCUGGAAUGAUAGAUUGCGCAUCAAGGCUCUCGAGGAUCGAAUCAACGACCGCAUCAUUGUCGAAUGCUUGUACAAAUGGACGUUGGCAUCCCGAGUAUCCCUCUUCCAGCGUGUCCACGAUCGACAGCUCAAACAGUCAACAUUCCUAUCCUGGGUCACCAAGACCAAUCAGCGCGUCAACACUCUCGAUACUGCGGAAGUUCGGUUCGCCCAAUUCAAGCGUGCUCAACUGAUGCGGACAUGCUUGCGCAAGAUGGAAGCUAUCACUACGGAGAGACGAAGGGAGCAGUUCGCUAUUCUAUCCCAGUACCAGCAAAAACUCAAGCUGCGUAUAUUCGACAAACUCAAGGAGAGGCAAGCGCACUUCCAAGAGUUGAACCAGUGGUCGGCCGAUGCGCGCUUCUACGUUCUGAGUAAACAUACACUGAACACAUGGAGCCAAGCCACACAACAUGCGCGCCGUAAUCGCAGACGCGACACAUACUCGCAAGUCCGUAGAAUGGUCAAGACGAAUCUCGUGCGCAGAGUCUUUGAGCACUGGCGGGACAAGGCAAACCAUAUCGCAGUGCUGACGCAAAGGGCAAACGAUGUACUCGACAACCGUACUUUCCAAAGCAGUGGCGCAAUUUUGCAUCAAUGGCACGACCGCACGCUCAUACUCCGCCAGCAGGAUGCUCAAGCCGAAAGCCUCCACGCCUUCAAACUCUCCACCCGUUACUUCGCCAUUUGGUCCCAACGCAUCGACCUUGUACACACACUCGAAGGGCAAGCUGUCGCACUGCGGCAAGAGAGCACAGAGAUUGCUGCCACCAGCGCUUUGAAGAAGAUGGGAUGGCGUCUUUGGAACUUCCAGAGGCAAGAGGAGAACGCGAGAGCGUUGUUCGAGAGGAACUUUGAGAAGCAUGUUAGGGCCAUGGUUCGUUUCUGGGCCGAGCGUGCUACCGAGCGGCGUGGCCAACGGGUUGCGAGUCCAUCGCCUCCUAGUAGGUCGAGAAGACGAAGACGGGAUGACGAGGAUGACUAUACCAGUCACGGAAACGACGGAGGCUUUGACGACCACGAUGACGGCAACAACACCGCCGGGCAAGGAGGUUUUCAGCAAUCCGGUGACGAGACCCAACGCCUCGAGUCCUGGACCGCCUUCGAUGAGACCGCUCUAGGUCUAAACAACGAUCUCGACCUCUCUCUCUCCCUUACCCCAGAACAGCCACCCCGCCAUCCAACGCUGACCCCCAACCCCUACGCUCCCAUUCCCUCACCCGCAUCAACAACCCGCCCCCCAGGUUCCAUCCUCCGCCGCCCAAACACCUACCCGCAACCCCAAUCCGCCGUUCGCCCCCCUCCCGCCACCAUCCCCGAAGACGACGAAUCCGACCUCUCCUUUGGCGACGCCGCACAAUCCACUUUCUGGUCCGGAACGCCCUUGCCCCCUCCUCCUACUACAACCAGUAAACCAGGCUACCUCAAAACACCCAGUAAACGUAGCGUUGUCCGUGCUAAACGACCUGAACUCCCGCCUAGUCCUGAGAAAGCACGCGUUCUUUCUCCUGUGAGGCGACCGCUGGGCUCCUCGUUCCUGGAGAGGGAAGGAAGGGGUAGGUUGGGGACUAUGAGUGCGCCGCCUGUGCAGAGUGCGAGGGAUGUGAGGUUGGGAGUUGGUGGUGUGACGAGUUUUGAGAGGAGGUUGAGGGAAGGUGGGUUUGGGGGGAGUGUUGCUGUUGGUGGAAAUGGGAGUGGGAGUGCGAUGAGGAAGAGUAGGGGAAGAGGUGGUAGGGCGAGAGUGGGGUUUGGAGAGUCACUCGUCACAAACAUGAAGCUGUCCACGACUACCACCCUCUUCGCUAGCCUAGCCUGCCUAGUGUCCGCCUCCGCCUCCGCCCCGCCAAAAGCCUCCAUACAAGCGAGCAUCGCUACCGCUGGCAAUCGUGCCAUCCUCGCUCUCGAUAACGCCAAAAAGGCUGUGUCCACGUUCACAGACAGAGUUCAAGCUACCACCAACUCACUUGAUAUCGACCCAGCUAUAAAAGAGGACUUGGACGCAUAUGUCAGCACGCUGAGCCAUCGAAUCGAUCCGUCGAUCACUACUGUAGAAGGCCUUGUCGAGCUGUAUGGUCCUGAAGGGAAGAUCUGGCGUAUCAACCAGAAUACGCCUUCGCGUAAGCUUAAGGAGAUAACGGAUCGAAUUACCGCCAUGUAUAAGAAGUAUCCCGAUUUUGACGAUAUGCCCGAGGUUUAUCAGAUUGAGAUGAAUGCGCUGUGGCGGGAUUUUGCUGAGCAGAUGAAUCACGUUGGUGAUUCACCGCUGAAGUCCAACGAUGGCCGCGUGCACAUCUCUUCAAAGUCCCGUGUCGCGGACAGCACGGAUAAGUCCGAUGAGACGUCAUGUCCAUUCGUCAAGUUGUGGAAGCGACUUACUGACCGCACGUUUGUAUUCCGGGGUGGUGAGAUGGUUGAAAAGAAGAAAAGCAAGGAGCAAUCGAAAGAGAGGCACACUUUGGUCGUUGAGCUGAAUGAGGGAGUGUUUUCGGUUUCUGACGGUGUUGCUAAGCGGCUACGAUCUUUUGAUGUGGAUGGAAUAGACGAGGACGUUGAACUUUCGGAGGAUGAAUUGGCGCGAGUACGAACGCGAGCUGAGGAAGUUCGGAAGCGGUAUGAUGAAGUUCGAAAGCAAUAUGAUGAAGCUUGGAAGGGAGCUAGGGAAGGUCGCAAGAAAACUGACGAAGAUCGCAAGAGCAGACAGUUUGAGUUGUAG